AUGUCAUCAGAGAAGCAAUACAAACCAGUCACGGUAGAAAAACCCAUAGAAAAUACAUACGAUCUUGGAAACCUCACGACUUUUGACCCAAAUCCCUUGUCAAACGAUAAAUUGAAAAGCAAAAACGAAUCCGAAAAGGAACAAUACAUUUCGUCAGUCACAAGAGACAAUGUACAACUAUUAAUAAACCAGAUAUUGUCGUUGCCGGUAAAGACAACCACUGACAAUCAAGGAUCACUGACGGGACACAGCUCGUCAAUGACAUUAAUUCAGUUACCCGAGCCAACGACAUUGUUGCCUCGUGAAAAAGCCAUUCCUAAGCCUAAACCACCUACCAAGUGGGAACAAUUUGCUGCCAAAAAAGGUAUCAAGCCAAAAGCCAAGGACGGAAAGUUGGUAUACGACGAAGAAAAGGGCGAAUGGAUGCCUAAAUGGGGGUACAAGGGUAAUAACAAAAGUUUGGACGACCAGUGGUUGGUGGAGUUGGAUGAUAAACCAAAGAAGAGAGGUAGAGAUGAUGGAGACGAUUUGGUCGAUCCUAGAACUUUGGCUAGGGCCGAGAGGAAGAAGCUAAUAAAGAAGAAUGAGUUACAACAUAAGCGAAAUUUGAGGAACGCUUCCAAUGUUGCCAAUUUGGAGGAAAUUACAGUGAAAAAGAUUAGAAAAGCGUUGCAGGAAUUGUUUGGAGUAGACUUGAACCCGCACAAGGCAUGUAAGGAAAUCAACGAGGUAAUCUUAAAUCGGUACUACAAUCUUCAAAGUAUCAGGAAACAGGAGUCAGAGAAUGCAGAAAAGAGAGAUCGGGAUGAAAUGGAGCGACAAGAUGCAUUGCUUGCGGCAAAGCUACUGAGGCAAGAGUCAGGUGGAAGACAACCAAGAACCAAACGUAAAGCAACCAAGGCAUCCCCAUCCAAGGAGAAGACAAAGCGAACUCCCAAUAAUGCUUUCAAUCGAGAAAUGGCUCUAAGCCACGAACUACAGAAUGUUAUUGCACAGGAGAGAUGCUCACGACCUCAAGUGGUGAAACAUUUGUGGGCAUACAUCAAGGACAACAAUUUGCAAAAUCCCGCUGAUAAACGACAAAUCCUCUGUGAUGAUAGACUUCAAAAGUUGUUCAAAAAGAAGUCUGUUGGUGCUUUUGAGAUGAAUAGAAUAUUGUCAAAGCAUAUUUUUGUGCCUGACGAAAUCGAUAAUAACCUGUCUGCCCAAGACGAGGUAGUCGUUGAUGAGGAAGAGAAAUCAGAUGAGACAACAAACAACGCAGGCAGUGAAGAAAGUGGUUUUGUGGUAGACAACAAUACAGAUGUAAACUUGGAGAAAACUGCAAAGCAAUUAGAAGAGGAGUUAACUUCAGAGGAAGAAUAA